AUGCUGUUUGCGGAUGAUUUUGUCGGUAUGUCGGACACCCCUGAGGGACUGCAACUGCAAAUUGACGCGGCGAAGAAGUUUACUGAUAAGUGGAGAUUGUCUGCCAACGUUCAGAAGAGUGCCGUCAUGGUAUGCAACGAGAACAAGGAGGAACCAGUAGAACAUAGAUGGAAGUGGGGGAUCGAGGAGAUUGCAGUAGUGGACCAGUACACAUACCUUGGAGUAGAGAUCGCAAAAGACUGCUCGUGGAAUGCACACAUGUCCAAGAGUACGCCGGAAGUAUGGGAAGGCAAUAAGAAGGUAGUGAAAGAACUCGAGGCGGCGCAGAUGAAAGCAGCGAAAACCAUCCUAGGAUGCUCCAGGCGCACAAGUAAUGCAGCCGUGAGGGCAGAAUUGGGGAUCCAAUCCCUACGGUCGGGAAGAGACGCGAGGAAGCUGACAUGGCAGUAUCGCAUGUGCGGGAUGGGAGAGGAGAGGUUGCCGAGAAUUGUAUGGGAGGCGAAGUGGGCAAACAAAAAGAGGGGUAGACAACCCACGGAAUGGGUCACGGUUGUAGAGGACAUAUGGAAGGGGCUCGACACGACGAAGAUGAAACGCUGA